CUGUUGUUUUUGUUUUUAGCGCAGUUUCAUUUCAGCCAUUGGAAGCUUCCUACAUCUGCCGAUCAAAAUCGCGGAAUAUUAUCGGAAUGUCGCACAAUCAUCCACACGACCAUGGUGGGGCCUGUGCGCACGAGGCCCUAGGAAUCGAAGACGAACUGGAGAUGGGCAUCCAGUACAGCUUGUACGAAAAAAUCGACACGAUCAACGUGGAAUGUUUGAACGAGGAAGAGGAAGGAUCCGGCAAGACGGUGUUCAAACCCUACAGCCAACGGUUGGAUUUCGACAAGCAUGUUACCAGCGAUGCCGAUGAGGAACUGCUUUUCAAUAUCCCGUUUACCGGAAAUAUCAAACUGAAGGGAAUCAUCGUUGUGGGCGCCAAUGACGAUAGUCAUCCGAAGAAGAUGAGACUAUUCAAAAAUCGCCCAAAGAUGACCUUUGACGAUGUGAGUGCCCAAGCGGAUCAGGAGUUUGAACUUGAACGGGAUCCCAACGGAGUUAUUGAAUAUUCCACCAAGGUUGUUACGUUUUCGUCGGUGCACCAUCUGUCGAUUCACUUCCCCACCAACUAUGGAGACUCUAAUACCACCGUGUACUACAUCGGCUUGAAGGGAGAAUUCAGCGAGGCACACCAUCACGGAGUAACAAUUUGUACAUAUGAAGCUCAACCAAAUGCUGCCGAUCACAAAGGUGACCUCUUUGAUUCAAUGAAUCGACCAAUCAGCUAAAUAUAGGUUUACCUCCGAGUAUGUUGUGAAUGGAUAAUGUUUUGAUAAUUUUGUUUAAUUUGCAUUUGUGAAAUAAAGCCUGCUUUUUGAAUAAUUAUUCCGUA